AUGCGUUUCAUCUACACUGGCCUCGCCCUCUUCAUCGCCGGCGUCACUGCCCAGAACGCCCCCGCUGGAAAGGUCUGGGGAUACAAUGAUUUCGACUACAAAGGCGUCAAAACGACCUACGACACCCCGACGACCUGCGAGAACCUCCAGAAGUAUGCCUUUGUCCGUACCCCAAGUCCAUUGCCAUCCCGGCCAACACCGUCUGCUCGUUCUACUCCCAAGUAUCGUGCGAGGGAGAGGCGGUCCAUCUCACUGGCAACGUGGCUAAGCUGCACCCGCAGCCGGUCAGCUUCAUCUGCAAGAAGCAUUAAGUUGCGUGAUAGUUUGAUGCUUGAUCCUGUUGAUAUUAGUUGA